AUGAUGAGCAAGCACCUGGUCCUGGCCCCAGAGCUGCCCCAGAUGCACUUCUACGAGGCUUUGCUCCUGGAGACUCUGACUGAGAUUAAGCACCCAUUGCAGACUUUCAAAGUGGAAGGCUUGUUUACUUCUUGGAUAUCGGGUUUCCUGCAGGAAGACCAGCAACUGCCAAGGGACCUGAAGAACAACCUGAUCAGCACGGUGCAGCCAGGCGCCUUCCUCGGCCUCUCUGAACUGAAGCGGCUGGACCUCUCCAACAACCGCAUCGGCUGGCUGGCCUGGAUUUUCAGAGGUCUGUUACCUCUCUCACCUGGUCCUCAGUCCCUUCCAUGCUGCCUUUCUUUGCUGUCUUGCAGGAAUAUGUCAGGGAACAUCUUCUCCAGCCUCCAGCCAGGUGUCUUUGACGAACUCCCUUCUCUGAAAGUCGUGCUGCACACCCACCACCUCAUCCCGUCGCUGCGCCAGGUGGUUUUCCAGGGUGACCGACUGCCCUUCCAGUGCACAGCCACCUACCUGGACAACAGCACCCAGAUCCACUGGUACCACAACCAGGAGCCAGUGGAGGAGGACGAGCAGACAGGCGUCAUCGUGGAGGAGAGCCUCAUCCAUGACUGCACCUUCAUCACCAGCGAGCUCAUCCUCUCCAACAUUCACGUCUCGGCCAACGGCGAGUGGGAGUGCGCCGUCUCCACCUCCCAGGGCAACGUCAGCAAGAAGGUGGAGAUCGUGGUGCUAGAGACCUCCGCAUCCUACUGUCCUGCCGAGCGGGUCACCAACAACCGCGGGGACUUCAGGAGGCCACGCACCCUNNNNGGCUCCCCCGCCUCCCAGUCCUGCCUGCAGUACCCCUUCGCCUCGGGGCCAGCGAGCGGGGGCCCGGCCGGCGAGCAGCAGGCGUCCCGGCGCUGCGACCGCGCGGGCCGCUGGGAGGACGGUGACUAUUCGCACUGCCUCUACACCAACGACAUCACCCGUGUGCUCUACACCUUUGUGCUGAUGCCCAUCAACGCCUCCAACGCCCUGACCUUGGCGCACCAGCUGCGCGUGUACACGGCAGAGGCUGCCAACUUCUCUGACAUGGUUGAUGUCCUCUACGUGGCACAGAUGAUUGAGAAGUUUAUUGGCUACGUGGACCAGAUCAAGCAGCUCACAGAUGUCAUUGUGGAGAUGGCCAGUAACAUCAUGCUGGUGGAUGACCACAUCUUGUGGAUGUCGCAGAAGGAGGAGAAGGCCUGCACCAGCAUCGUCCGCUCCCUGGAGAGGAUUGCCCUGCACACACUCAGCAGCAACUCCCAGCACAUGGCUGUGAAUUCGCGUAACAUCGCCUUCGAGGCCUACGUGGUGAAGCCGGAGAGCUACGUGGGCCUGAGCUGCGUGGCCUUCCAGCGGCGGGACGGGGGCCCGGGGGGGAGGACAUCCCGGGGGGAUCUCCUGGCACACGCGGUUUGGGUGCAACCUCAGGAGCUGUCAGGUUUAGUGCCCAACCACACCGAACCCCUCGAGGCCAGGGCAAGCGCUCUGGUCGUAUUUACCCAGCACUGGGCUCAGGGCAGCAUCCAAAACCAUCCCUCACUCCUGCUCAGAGGCUCCCAGCAGCCUCCACCUCCAACACGCACCAAGGCAAGGGCAGCCCCUCAAAGCCGCUCUCCAGAGCAGCACGUCCAGAUUUGCUGGGAGCAGCAAGGCCGUCACCAGCCCCCUCCCCGUGCUUGUGGACAGCCCUGCACCGCCACCGGGGUCAUGGCCCCCGCGACUCCCUGUGCUGGAGUGUGUCCCCAGCACGGCAGGGAGAGCCCUGGCCUGGCCGCGAGCUUAGCCUCGAGCAAGGACUCUCCCAGGCAGCGCAUACGCAGCCCCCGGGACUCCAUCCCUGACCGGACGGUAUCUCACCGCAGCGAUUUGUGCCUCUCUUGCAGGGCCAUCCACAUCACGCGGAAGUGCUGGCACAUGCUGCUUAACCUCUGCUUCCACAUCGCCAUGACCUCUGCCGUCUUUGCAGGAGGCAUCACUCUCACCAGCUACCUGAUCGUCUGCCAAGCGGUCGGCAUCAUUUUGCACUACUCCUCCCUGUCCACCCUGCUCUGGAUGGCAGUGAAGGCCAGGGUCCUCUACAAAGAAGUGACCUGGAAGGCGCCCCAGCAGCAGGACGGGGACGCGUCCCAGCCGGCUCCUCGGCCCAUGCUACGGUUCUACCUUAUUGCAGGCGGGAUCCCCCUCAUCAUCUGCGGCAUCACAGCGGCUGUUAACAUCCACAACUAUCACGAUAACAACCCAUACUGCUGGCUGGUGUGGAGGCCCAGCCUCGGUGCUUUCUAUGUUCCCGUGGCUUUCAUUGUGCUCAUUACCUGGAUUUACUUCCUCUGCGCCGGGCUCAACCUCCGGUGCCAAUCGUCGAGCCGGAAAGAUGCCCCCGAGCCGCUCGAGACACCGCCAAGGCUGGGAGGCAGUGGGAAUCUCUUGACAGACUCCGGGUCCAUCUCAGUGACGCUGAACUCAGGGACGCCCUGCCCUGAGGUGGACGGCAUCUACUCCCUACAGGUGCAAUUCUGGGCACUGGUCACCACGCAUUCCUUGUACGUGGCCCUGUGGACGUUUGGAGCCAUGGCUGUAUCGCAGCGCUGGUACCUGAACGUCAUCUUCAGCUGCCUCUAUGGAGUCACAGCCGUGGUGCUGGGGCUCUUCAUCUUCAUUCACCACUGCGUGCGGCGUCGGGACGUGCUCAACUCCUGGUUCAGCUGCUGCCCGUCCUACAGGAACGCAUUGCCUAUGCAGGCGUACGUCCAUCCCGGCGUGGCGGUGGAGGACGGCUCACAGGUCUUCAUCGGGUGCAACCCGGAGGCAGCCCAUUCCAUCAAGUCCUCCUCGUCGCCCAGCAGCACCAACUCGACUGUGGGCCACUGCAAGCUCACCAACCUGCAGGUGGCACAGAGCCAGACGGACGCCUGUCCGGCCCGCCCGGCCUCUUACGAGGAGCCUGACAAAACCGGCGCAACCCGGCACGCCAACAACCUCCACGGCCGCAGGAACCAUAAGAGCAGACCGAAGCAGUACCGGGAAGGGAAGCAUCACCGCUUGAAAAUGCUGCGGGGCCCUGCCUCGGACCACCCCUCCAGCGAGAGCGGGAGCAUCCACAACAGCCACUCCGAGAGCUACCACAGCAGCAGGAACAGCCCCUUGAACAACAGCCACGUGGGGACGCAGGUCGUGGCCCCCCCGGAAGGGGAGACAGCGCCGAGCCAGUCUGAAGGCAGCGACGGCGGGAAACACUCCCUCAUCGGGCUGGUGGCCUCUGAGGCAUCAACUAUGCAAACAGGCCGGCUGACGGGGCAGUGA